AGCCCUUCCUCCCUCCUUAUCUCUAUUUUCAGUGUUGACUGACACUUAGUGGUAUUGAAGAAGAAGAAGAAGAGGAAGGGAAGAUGAGUUCGAGACCGGUGCCAAGGAGAGAGAGCCCAUGGGGAUUGCCAGAGGGAGACAAUCGUCAACCUCAGGCACAUAGGUGUAAUGAUCGAGCUGAGGAUGUAAUUCAGGCUUGCUUUGAAGGAAAUCCAUUUAAAACAGUUCCAGGUCCUUUCAAGCUCUUCUGGCAAUGCAUGCGCUCUAAACCAGGGGAGGAGCCCACAGAUCCAUUUUACUAUUUGGAGCUGGAUCCCCCAAAAAGAGAAGAAAUCAAACUUGAGUAAUGCAUUUUGUAUAGGGUGACAGUGUUAAGUUCAUAAAUUGUGAAGUCAUUUGGGGAGUAUGCUUGG